AUGGUCGCCGCCGCGCCGAGGCCGAAACCGCCGUCGCGUGUUUGCGAAGCUCUCGAAAAAGGGGCGCGCAGCAUGAGAGCGGCCGUGAACACACCACCUCCGCACUGCUACUCGCGACGCCGCACCAGCGCCACGCUGCUGGAUGCGCGCCAUGUGUUCGACCACGUGCCGCAGCGGCGCCUGCCGACCCUGGCCGCGGAACUCCGCGCGCGGCCCGUGGCCGCGGCCGCCCGGAGGCCAGCGCGGCGCUCGGCCGCGUCUGCUUCUGCGCCCACCUGUGGUGCCGCUUCAGCUCUCAUGGUGUCCUCCCAGCUCACCUCCUCUGACGUAGCCCAACGUUCAGAGGAAUGGUUUGCUCUUCGCAAGGACAGGCUCACCACAAGCACCUUCAGUACUGCUUUGGGUUUCUGGGCUGGCAACAGAAGAGCAGAGCUGUGGAAUGAGAAAGUCUUUGGAGCAACAGAGAUCAAGCUGGCGGAUACUGCUAGGUCUGCCAUGGACUGGGGCACGCAUCAUGAAAGCGUAGCCAUAGAGCAGUACACAAGCAUCACAGGAAGACUGGUGGGCACCCUUGGCUUCGCGGUGCACACCGAGGCCAAAUCCGGAUGGCUUGGAGCUUCGCCUGAUGGAGUCCUUGGGUGCGAACCGGACGGCGGGAUCCUGGAAGUCAAGUGUCCGUUCAACAAGGGCAAGCCCGAGCUCGCUCUGCCCUGGCGCGCCAUGCCGUACUACUACAUGCCGCAGGUGCAGGGCCUGAUGGAAAUCAUGGGCAGGGACUGGGUGGAGCUCUACUGCUGGACGCCCAAUGGGAGCAGCCUGUUCCGGGUGCCGCGGGACCGUGCAUACUGGGAGCUCAUCCACGAGGUGCUGCGUGACUUCUGGUGGGGCAGCGUGAUGCCUGCACGGGAGCUGGCGCUCCUGGGGAAGGACGACGAGGCGAGGUCCUUCGAGCCUCAGCCCAAGCACCGGCUCACGAACCUGGUGCUGUAUAGGAGCAGGAAGCUGGCCUCCGAGGCCAAGCUAUUGUGUAUGGAUGUUGGUGGCCAUGUAGAAUUCUUCAAAUGA